GGGUGAGCCGCGUGCUCUCGGGCACCCAGCCGCCAGUUCGGAUGCUUCCGAUCCUCGGGGAGCCGGGGCGCUGCGCCGGAGUCACUUCAGCCCAUGUUGUUCAGGUGACACCCGGGGAAGAGCAGACUCCAGUGUGCAAAACGUUUCGGGGUUUCCGGGCCAGCGGUUCCGGGCGCGCCUCGCGGGCGGCGGCGCAGAACUACAACCCCCAGGCUCCCUGGCGUGGCGGCACGUGGGCCCGAGCCGGGCGGCCGCGGAUAUAAAGCGCGGCGGCGGCUGCCGGGCGGAGCGGCCGCACGGACAAUAGCGGAGGCCUGGCUAUACCUGCUGGAAUGGAUAAAGUGAGCUUUAAAAGUUGAUCAGACCGAAGAGAUUGAAGUGAGAGAACCACAGGAACAAAGGCAAGCAGACAAACAGCGAAAGAAGGGGAAACUGAAGCAGAAAGAGGUUACUUAAUGGGCUCAAGGUCACCUACCUGACCUACCAGCAGCUCAAUGGCCUUCCCAAAGAAGAAACUUCAGGGUCUUGUGGCUGCAACCAUCACGCCAAUGACUGAGAAUGGAGAAAUCAACUUUUCAGUAAUUGGUCAGUAUGUGGAUUAUCUUGUGAAAGAACAGGGAGUGAAGAACAUUUUUGUGAAUGGCACAACAGGAGAAGGCCUGUCCCUGAGUGUCUCAGAGCGUCGCCAGGUUGCAGAGGAGUGGGUGACAAAAGGGAAGGACAAGCUGGAUCAGGUGAUAAUUCACGUAGGAGCACUGAGCUUGAAGGAGUCACAGGAACUGGCCCAACAUGCAGCAGAAAUAGGAGCUGAUGGCAUCGCUGUCAUUGCACCGUUCUUCCUCAAGCCAUGGACCAAAGAUAUCCUGAUUAAUUUCCUAAAGGAAGUGGCUGCUGCCGCCCCUGCCCUGCCAUUUUAUUACUAUCACAUUCCUGCCUUGACAGGGGUAAAGAUUCGUGCUGAGGAGUUGUUGGAUGGGAUUCUGGAUAAGAUCCCCACCUUCCAAGGGCUGAAAUUCAGUGAUACAGAUCUCUUAGACUUCGGGCAAUGUGUUGAUCAGAAUCGCCAGCAACAGUUUGCUUUCCUUUUUGGGGUGGAUGAGCAACUGUUGAGUGCUCUGGUGAUGGGAGCAACUGGAGCAGUGGGCAGUACCUAUAACUACCUGGGAAAAAAGACAAACCAGAUGUUGGAGGCUUUUGAACAAAAGGACUUCUCUUUAGCCCUGAACUACCAGUUUUGUAUCCAGAGAUUUAUCAACUUUGUUGUCAAACUAGGUUUUGGAGUGUCACAGACCAAAGCCAUCAUGACUCUGGUCUCUGGGAUUCCAAUGGGCCCACCCCGGCUUCCACUGCAGAAAGCCUCCAGGGAGUUUACUGAUAGUGCUGAAGCUAAACUGAAGAGCCUGGAUUUCCUUUCUUUCACUGAUUUAAAGGAUGGAAACUUGGAAGUUGGUAGCUAGUGCCUCUCUAUCAAAUCAGGGUUUGCACCUUGAGACAUAAUCUACCUUAAAUAGUGCAUUUUUUUCUCAGGGAAUUUUAGAUGAACUUGAAUAAACUCUCCUAGCAAAUGAAAUCUCACAUCAAUCAACAAGCAUUGAGGUACCUUUUGUGAGCCUUAAAAAGUCUUAUUUUGUGAAGGGGCAAAAACUCUAGGAGUCACAACUCUCAGUCAUUCAUUUCACAGAUUUUUUUGUGGAGAAAUUUCUGUUUAUAUGGAUGAAAUGGAAUCAAGAGGAAAAUUGUAAUUGAUUAAUUCCAUCUGUCUUUAGGAGCUCUCAUUAUCUCGGUCUCUGGUUCCUAAUCCUAUUUUAAAGUUGUCUAAUUUUAAACCACUAUAAUAUGUCUUCAUUUUAAUAAAUAUUCAUUUGGAAUCUAGGAAAACUCUGAGCUACUGCAUUUAGGCAGGCACUUUAAUACCAAACUGUAACAUGUCUCAACUGUAUACAACUCAAAAUACACCAGCUCAUUUGGCUGCUCAGUCUAACUCUAGAAUGGAUGCUUUUGAAUUCAUUUCGAUGUCACCACUUUUCGCUCUUCAAAAACACUGGGUCAGAAAACUCAAAACUCAAAGUUUCAAAGAACCAAAGGACUCUUCCUCUGGGCACCACAAACUUCCCCUUCCUCCACCGAGAAGACUGUCUCUCCCGCAGGACCCUGAAUUAUUGAAAUCGAAGGCUGACUUCCUUUCUGCAGUGAGCCCAGGCGCUAAUGUUAUUAUCCUGUCACACUUGCAACUAGUUACUUUUGUUUAGUGAUAGAAGAUUUGGGGAGGACCGAAAGGACUCACAACUUUCUCUCCAUACCUCCUUUUACUCUUUUCUUUCUGUGUAAUGUAUCAACAACUGUUUAAUCUCCCUUCUAACAAACCUUGAUAUAAGUUUUCUGAUAUCAAAGUAUAUUGACAGUUAACCCUUACUGAUUUUAAACUUGACUAUCCAGUCUGUUAAUUACCUAAGAUUUUGUUUUCAUUUCAUCUCUAAUUGUUUUGAUCAUUGGCAGAGAAAGAGUAUUUGAAAUUCAUAUCAGUUUUGCUCCUUAUUUUAAUCACUUUGAAUUAAAAAUAAAACUUUUUCAAAAUGCAAAUUUGAAAUUAUAAGUAGACUUCAAUUAUCUUUGCUAAUCCUCUCUUUAAUUAGUCAGCUAGUUAAAAGUUGGUUAUAUUCAUAUAUCCUCAACCCUCUUUUUGCCUUUGUAGCUUUUAAUUUCCUGAAAGAAGAAAAUGAGUUGUUAGUUUUUGGUUCUGAGGAUGUGAUAUCCUUACUUACUGAUACUAAAGCCAAAUUUAAAUUUUAAAAUUAAUUCUUGGGUAUCCAAUAAACAAAGAACUAUUUUUCUA